UCAACAAAGCUGCAAUCUUUACUUUACUCUCGCUCUGUCAAUCUCCAAUUCUCUCUGAAUCUUCUUUUUGUUUGUUUACUUGAAUCAUAACAUUAUCAUCAGCUUCUUGUUUCUGUUAGCAUUAUUUCUUUGAUUAUUUCUUUAUUUUUGUUAUUUUAUCUUCAAAAAUGGCUGAAAUGAAAGAUGCCCAUAUAGUAGAAAUCCCAGUAAACGAAGAGCACCAAGAAAAGCAACUUUGUGUAAUGACAGCAGCACUUCAAAACCACCCAUUAACAGAAAUCUCAAGUAGUCCAGGCCAUCUACUUCUUCUCAAGCUCUGGCAAAGAGAAGAAGAUCUUUUCAACCGAAAAAUUGGUGUUAAGGAAACAAGAAUGGACUCUAUCAAACGCGAAAUCUUCCAACUCUGUUCUUUCUUUUUAAUCUUUCAUGGGAUAUUUUUAACCAUCUUGUUUACCUCUAGUAGUGAUAAUAAAGAAGAGCAUACUUGCAAGAAAUGGUGGAUACCUUCUCUUGUUUCUAUUUCUACUUCACUUGUGUUUGUUUCUUUGGCUCAGGUUAAGCUUUUCAGGUACUGGAAAGUGUGGAAGCAAUUGCAAAGAGAGAGGAAUGAUAACAGGGCACUUACGAGGUGUAUUCAAGAACUGAGAAUGAAAGGAUCCAGUUUUGAUUUGUCAAAAGAGCCACAAUGUGGAAAGAGGAUGAAGAGUUCUAGUGUUGAGAUUAAAUGGAAGCCAAUUACUUGGUGUUCUCAGUAUCUUGUUACUAUUUGUCUUGUUUGCUUCUCAGGAUUGCUCUUUCCUGCUUCCAAAUUCAUCCUCUGCGGGGUCUAAUUUUUGUCUUUCAAACUAGUUCCAAGAGCGAAUUCUCUUCAGCGUGAGAGUAAAAAUUCAAUUCAAAUUCAAAUCAUUGACUCUAUGAAAAACCAGUUGGGGUCGGCUCCAUGGGUCUGUUUCCUCAUUAAUCAACUUGAAGAAGAGUACUGAUUGCAUCAAUUACUCAAGAUGCAUUGUGCUGCUUUCAUCCAAUAAAUGAAAUCUCAUACUUCUUACAUUAUUGAUCAUUUCAAGGGGAUGAAGCAUCUCGGUCCGAUCUGAUCAUAUAUAUUUUUCGUUUCUUGGGCUACUUUUGGGGCUUUGAUGGUUGUUGUGGCUAGCAAUGUCCAUGAAGUGCGGUUGAGUCUCUUCUACCCAAUCUCCACUGUCAUAAGAGAAGAGUGAUUUGCAGCUUCCUCCUUGCAUUCUCAUCUCUGGCAGAAUUCUUCCCCUGGAUUAGAAUUUUUGAGUUUUUGCUUUCCAGAAAAUUGAGGUUUCUUCACAUGUAUACUCCAAUUCACAAUAACAAUAACAAUAACAAUAAGAUAGUAUAGAUUGUAUAUAUGUAUGUAUAAAACCUGAAUGGGGAAUUUAAUGUAGAUAAUCCUGAAAGUGGAAUUUAUGAGGCUCUUCUUUUUUUC